GGGACUGCCCCCCCCAGUCCAGAGUUGCUGGAGUUGGAACCCCAAGGUGCGGGCUCUGGGGUUUCCCGGUAGGAGGGAAAUUAAAGGGGGAAGCGAGGAGGAUCUUGAAUUUGCCUACUGGUUCUCCAAACCCACUUCCCCUCCUCCCCCGCGCCUGGAGGCCAGCAGCUGCUUCCUCCUGCCCAGACUAAGCACAGCGCGGCCCAGCCCGGCCGGGUAGGCCAUAGCACGCCGUGCCCUGGAGCCGAGGAGAGGAGACAGGCCGGGGGCUGCAGACCAGAUUGGAAAGGAAAUGCUGAGGAGUUGAUAACGCUUUCUUCUCGUGCCUUGGACUCUUGCAAUGGGUACCGGGAAGUCUAAAAUAGACGCCUGCCCUCUUUCUCUCUCUUGGCAUAAAAGGCGCAGCGUGGAGACAGCUGCGGGCCGCCGGGAGUCUGCAGCCGAGAGGGCCGGGGAAGCUGCGUCCUGUGACACCGCAGGGCCCGGUGGUGGCGGCACAGAGGCCGGAGAGCCGGAGGAAGCCAGGGCCCAGGAGAAGGUUCCAGAAGACGAAGCAGGACAAGACGUGUUCCUCAAGUUUGUGAUACUGCACGCGGAGGACGACACCGACGAGGCGCUCCGGGUCCUGGAGCGGCUGCAGAACGACUUUGGCAUCAGGCCGGGCCUCAUCUUCGCGGAGAUGCCCUGCGGCCGCCAGCCCCUGCAGAAUCUGGACGACGCGGUGAACGGCUCCGCCUGGACCAUCUUGCUGCUGACCGAGAACUUCUUACGGGACACCUGGUGCAACUUCCAGUUCUACACGUCGCUGAUGAACUCGGUGAACCGGCAGCACAAGUACAACUCCGUCAUACCCAUGCGGCCCCUGAACAAGGCCCUACCCCGGGCCCGCACGCCCCUGGCCCUGCAAACCAUCAACGCCUUGGAGGAAGACAGCAGCGGCUUCUCCACGCAAGUGGAGAGGAUCUUUAAGGACUCCGUGUAUAAGACACAACAGACUAUAUGGAGGGAGACAAGACACGCAGGUCGAAGACAGUUUACCGGGGCUGGGAAGGUGGCUCAGUGGUAGAGUGCUCUUGCCUAGCAUG